AUGGAUGAGGUUCGGAAGCGGGAGAAGGAAGCCAAGGCAUACUUGGCCGCUCAACGCGAGGCUCGUGAGAAGGGCAUGCCUGUCCCAGGAAUCGACGACAAGAGGAGUACAGGGGAACGAUCUCCAGAAGCCAAACGGAAGCGUGAUCUGGACGAGAUUGAUCGGUACGUGCCUCCCGGUAGAGACAGGGAGCGACCGCACGAUCUGUCGCGUGAUGAUCGUGAAGACCGCCGCCGCAGCCGGUCGCGGAGCAGAAGUCGAGCCAAGGAUCGAGACAGGGAGCGUGACAGAGACAGAGAUCGAAGAGACAGAGACCGUGAUCGCGACCGCGAGAGAGACCGUGAUAGGGACAGGUCCAGGGAUCGCCGGGAUCGGGAUAGGGAUAGAGACCGUGACCGUGACAGAGAUCGCGAUAGGGACCGCCGCAGCAGGAGAGAUAGGAGCCUCUCGUCACGUCGGGACCGGAGGGAUCGGAGCCGCAGUCGAAGAAGGAGCAGGAGCCGCUAG